AUGAGCAACCAGGAGACCAGGCCACCAUGCCCCCCUUUCACCCUCGAAACGGCACAAAUCAAGGUCAAGGCUGCGCAAGACGGAUGGAACAGCCAAGAUCCUGCAAAGGUUAAAUUGGCGUACACGCCCGACUCCAUCUGGCGUAACCGUGACCACUUCCUGCAGGGCCGCGAUGCAAUCCAAGAAUUCCUGACAAAGAAGUGGGAGAAGGAGUCUAACUAUAAGCUCCGAAAAGAGCUCUUUGCUUUCACUGAUGACAAGGCAAGUUUAUGA